AUGGCUAAUUCGCAAUCUACCUCGCAGACUUCAACCAACUACAAAGAAGCCUUUUCUCUGUACGACAAGCGAGGCAAUGGACGCGUCGCCCUUGAUUCCCUUGGCGAUCUCCUUCGAGCCUGUGGACAGAAUCCCACUCUUGCAGAAAUCAGAGAUCUAGAGAAGCAAGUGGGCGGUGAUUUUGACUUCGACUCCUUCAGCAAAGUCCUCAACCGUCCGGGAGGCUUCAGAGACCCCGGCGAACCAGAAGAGUAUUGUCGCGGCUUUCAAGUAUUUGACAAAGACAUGACUGGUUUCAUAGGGGUGGGCCAAUUGCGAUACAUCCUGACCAACCUGGGCGAGAAAAUGAGCGAUGAAGAGGUUGAUGAAUUGUUGAAGGCGGUCGAUACCAGCAGCGGCGAGAUCAACUACAUGGAUCUGGUCCGCACCAUCCUUGCCAACUGA